AUGGAAGAAGGCAACGAAAGAGUCAUCAUAAAUGAAGAAGGGCAAGUCAUAAAUAGAGUUUCCGUCAGGAUCCCCGCUUUCUGGAAUGAAGAGCCAGAACUAUGGUUUGCCCAACUUGAAGGACAAUUCACACUAACAAUAAGUGGAAUUACUGCGGAUUCAACGAAAUAUGCCUGCACCCUUUCGCAAUUGGAUUCUCGACAAAUAAAAGAGAUAAAAGAUAUUAUUACACAACCACCGGCAACGAACAAAUAUGAAGCAGUCAAGAAAGCACUGAUACAGAGAUUGUCAAUCUCUCAGGAACAAAGAACCCGACAGCUGCUCGAACUAGAAGAGAUAGGAGACAGAAAACCGUCACAAUUUCUUCGACACCUUCGGACACUUGCUGGAAAUAAUGUUCCAGAUUCCCUUCUACGAACACUAUGGCUUGGAAGACUUCCGAAUCAAAUGCAGAUGGUCCUCGCUACACGACUAGAAGAUCCGCUGAAUAAUGUUGCAGAACAAGCAGACCGGAUCCAUGAAAUGUCUAGCAAAACCCUUGUAGUUGCUGCUACCUCGACAACUCCAAAAAAAACCUUGGAACAGCAGGUACAAGAAUUGACAAAACAAUUAGCAAAUUUAACCACGCAUCUCUCAAGAAGUAGAGAAAGAAAAGGUGGUAGAUGGAGAAAUCAGAGUAGGAGCAGAAGUUCCUCCAGAAAAAAAGAAUUCAAUGAAAAAUACUGCUUCUAUCAUAAUCGAUUUGGAGAGAAAGCAAAAAAAUGCACUGAGCCUUGUUCUUACCAAACGGAAGAAAAAAAAAACAACUCAGGGCAAUCACUAAUGGAAAUUGAUCAACCAUCUCAAAAGAUUUGUCGACUCUUCGUCACAUGUAGAGAGACCAAGAAAAGAUUCCUCGUUGACACAGGAUCAGAUGUAAGCGUAUAUCCAAGGACUAUGGUAGUAGGACUCAUAAAGAAAUCAAAUUACGAACUCAUUUGCGCCAAAUUUAAUUUGGCGCAAAUGAGUUGA